AUGGAAGCAAAUGCCCCACAACAGCCUGCUGGCGCGCAGGCAUCCGCCAACCAGGAUGAAGAUGAAGCUUCGAAGAUCAAGAGAACACAGAUUGCAUGUCUAAACUGCAGGAAGAGGAAGAGUCGGUGUUUGCUAGACUCCGACAAUUCUAUACCAUGCCUCCGAUGCAAACGCGACAACCUCGAAUGCGUGCUAGGUGGCAGCAAUCGCGGCGGACGGCGAGAGCGAAAGAAGAAACGCGUGUAUGAAUCGCAGUCGCAAUUAGAGCCGCAAACACAGCAACCAUUACCAGCGCUGACUGCGACUGCCCCCGAAGGAAGCUUCCAUACGCUGGGCAAUCUCGGUACUACAUGGUCGCAAGACCCAGGAGUACAGCCAUUCGGUGAAGAGCUCCAAGAAUCGCGGUCCGGCUCCUCGAAUACAGACGAGCUUCCUUUCUCAAAUCUGCAAAAUCCGUCAGAUGCACUGGGCAUACUGGCGCGGGUUGCUGGUGAGUCCAGCUCAAAUGAAGAAAACAAUGCAACAGGCAUUACCAGCGGCAUAGGUCAUGUACCAGGCUCUUCCCUCAGCAUGCCUGCGCCUCUAUCCUUCUCAUACCCGUUGUUGGACAGAGGGAUACUCACAGUUCACUCUCUAUGCCAGCUGCUUGUUCGCUUUCAGCAGCAAUACCAUUCGUACUACCCGCUCGCACCAGCACACGCAUUCGAAACGUCCCGUCUAUCAGACAUGGUGAACAACGAGAAACACCUCCUCACAGCUAUCCUCCUCAUCGCUUCCAAAGAUCUAGUCGACGAACCACACAUAUACGAAGCUUGCUCAGAACACAUGAAGAGCCUUGUCUCUACGUUGGCAGCAGGAGGCGACGCCGGCAUCGAAGCAGUAGAAGCUCUACUACUGCUAGCUGAGUGGGCGCCGUAUACGCAGCGCGGCUCCGGCAAGGUCGGCAAGGGAGAGGAAGACAAAGAGAGUUGGAUGCAUGUUGGUCUCGCUCUGAGGAUUGCGUACUUUCUCGCUCUCGAUCGGUACUCGUUCCGUUUCGUGGAUCAGGGCAAGGAUCCCGAUCAUCAUCGUAAGCGUCUCAUUUGGACAGCGGCUUAUGUAUCAGACCGCCACAUCAGCAUCAGAAUCGGGAAAGCAUUUUGGUCUCGAGGUCCUGGGCCUCUAACGACAUUGCGAAGAGAGGAUUACCCAUCGUUGAUCCCUAAAAGUCCGAACGAAGAGGACCAUGCCUCCAUUUUCCAGGCGAAUCUCGAACUUACACAACUGUUCAGCAAUGUACACGAUACAUUGUACUCGAAUCCGAGUUCGAGCUUCCGGUCGCAAAUGAGUGGUAGCUACAUCAAGUUUAUUGACGACUUCCGCUCGGCGAUAUACGGCUGGAAGAGCGUAUGGGGUACAUUGACGUGCUCUCCGCCACUCAAAGCAUGUCUACUCAUGUCAUACGACUAUCUACGUCUAUACACCAACGCCUUCGCCUUCCAAGCCACCGUUCUUCGAGCGCUCCCCUCUUCAUCUACAUCUGCAGACCCCGUAGUCGGUACUCCUAAUACCACAAUGGGUCGCAUGCAAGUCCCCCAGCGCGUCUUUGUAAACAAUGUCGGGGCAGUCGGCGACGCACGAUUCAUCUACGAGGGUCUCGACGCCGCAAAAGCCAUCCUCACUACAGUCAACAACUUUGUCGAUCCUGAGCGCUCGCUACGUUUCAUGCCAUUGAGAUACUAUCUCUAUCUCGUGUACGCCGGUGUCUUCCUCUACCGUGCCCGCUGCACAGGCGUCAUCAGUGCAGACGAAGACCGCGCUAUCCGCGCUAUGAUCAAUGAAACAGUCGCACGCCUCGAACGCAGCGCCGUAGGAGUUGGAGCUGGCAUUCAGCACCCGGGCUCUCGCUAUUCUCAGCUUCUCAAACUGCUCUGGGCAAAGGUGCCGAAGAAGGACAAGGCUAGUCGCUCUUCGUUCCGCCACCCCGGCACGCAUAUCGCUAGUAAUCCUGUUGAUCAGAAUGGCUUUCCACAGCAUCCGAUCGUUGGCGCUAGUCCGCAGGCAAGCAGCAAUGGAACCGGUGAGAGCCCGGCUCUGACAGAGCAGAUGGGGGAUUUCGGUUGGACUGAUUUGGGUGCUGUGAAUGAGUUCGCCGUACAUGGUGGUGGCGGUAAUGCGCCCACGGAUGAUGCGGCGUUGUGGAACGGCUUCCUGCCUCUGGAUAUGGGAUGGAAUGCCCAGGGUCUUGGUUUUGAGGGCAUGGGCCUUGACUCUAAUGAGCUUGGAAUGCUAUUUUAG